AUGUCGACGCACGACGAUCCUCACAAUUAUUCCCCUAUGACCUACGAGCCCGUCGUUCCUACGGAUCUCACCCGAGGAUCUUAUCACAGCGCAAUGGGUCCCAUGCCAGAUCAUACGGUGCGAGAGACUCACAGCUCGUCUGACGAAAGCAACUCGUCUCUCAGAAGCCCGCGGACUGCCCGAUUCGCCGAAGCUACAUCAAUUCAUUCGCCCAUUGAACAGUCAAGAGCGCAACAGUCACCUUUUGCCGACCCUCCUAAGAACCGAUCACCGGGAGACGUUGGCGACGUUGGCUUUGGCUAUGUAGCAGCGAACAACAAUCGUGUGGAUGAUCAAGUCCCCAUGUCCCCAUUCAGACCUGAUUUGAAGGUGCCACAGACGGCCAAGUCGUUGAACCCGCUCAGCCCGACUUUUCGUGAGGAAUACCUGCUCGAGAAGCAAGAAAAGAAGGCUGGAGUUGAAAAUGCCCGAGACAUGAGAAUUAAACUCCGCGUCCGUAUCGCCAAGGUUUUCCUGCGUUUCGUCAACUUCGGCUGCAGUCUCAUUGUCCUGUCUCUCCUUGCAGUCACAUUGACUGUGUUCAACGCAACCAAGAACCUACCCACUCGCAACAGUCUUCCCGCCUGGGCAGAGGGAACCAACCCAUGGGCCCAGUAUCUCCUUCUAAGCAUGGCCUGUGUCUCCCUAUUUGCCUGUCUAAUAGUAUUCUGGGCCUACCGCAAAGGCGGACACAGACGCGCUGAGAAAGCCGCAGUCUACUACACAGGUUUCUCAAUCGCCUUCUUCGCCUUCAACCUAAUAAUGUGGAUAGUCGGCGCAGCAGUCUACCAGCACUCCAAGGCAACAGGCAACAGCAAAGACAUGUGGGGAUGGUCCUGCGCCCAGAACACUCGCGAACAACUAUACCACGACACCGUCGACUACGCCCUUCUCUGCCGCCUUCAAGACUGGGGUCUCGUCUGCGCCAUCAUCGAAGUCGUCAUCGAGGUUUUCGUCAUCGCAAUUUACGCUGUAGUCUUCUACCGCGUCUGGAGCAAGCGCAAGCUCAUGAAAUCAAUGGACACCCGCGACAACGCCCGCUCAGAUCUCUACCUCGCCCAACUGCGCCUCCAAUCCGCCCCGAACACCCCGGGCUUCGCUACCUUCAACUCUUACCCGCCCAAAUCUCCCUUCUACGCCGCCGGUCCGGUAGACCCCUACUCAUCCGCCGAGAAGGGCCAAUGUCCGACAACUCAGUACGCCUCGCCUGCCUCGCCUACACGUCCCAAACCCUCUUUCCAGCUCCAGGCCCCGCCUAUCAAAAUCCAGCAGCCGACUCCGCAAACUGCACAGGAGGAAUUCGCUCCGUAUCACGCGAAAACUCCGUCGCCUCCUCCGAGUCACCGAGCUAGUCCGCCUAUGCAUGCAAUCAGCCCUCCGGGAGAGAUCGUUUACGACGCGGUGCCGAUUCCCGGUGCCUAUGUGAAUCCUAUGGUUUCUUUCCCGGCUCCUGUACACAGAUAA